GUUUUUAUUUACAAUUUCUCAUCUGAAGUUGUUAUAUUAAAAUAGGCUUAAAAAAUGUUUUCCAGGGAAAACGAGAAAUGUUUAUUGUGUAUUUUGGUUUUGGCCUUAACGGUAGGAGUUGCCAACUGUUAUGUGGUGGAACCACCCAUUAUUCAAGUGGAAAUGGACAGAGCCGGCAUGCACAGGUCCCUCACGUAUCGCCUGCGAUUCGACUACCCGCUGGUGGGCAAGGAUUGCGAGUACGGGCUACUCCAGGCAUUUCCCGCAUCUGUUUACAUAAGCACAGACGAACUGGACGACUUGCAGCGUUUGAAGAGGUUAAGUGCCGUCUACCCGAAGUUCGUCAACAUUGAAGUGGCCACGGAACGGGCGCAGCCCUUCUUCGUUUUACUGCGCGGCACACCCAAGAUUACUGAGACACUGGCCUUGCCCGUGCAUUUCCGCUACCAUGCCCCCAGUGAUAAGCGGUCGGCGGCCACGGUGGCCAUACCCCUGCCAGAGCUCUAUCUCAACUGCCCGAUGGGCGAUAAUGAGCUGAUCGAGAACGACUUGGUUGCCCGGCCCGAUAAGCAUUACUGCCUGAAUGCGGCGGAAAGCCGCUUUGAUGAGAACGUCGUCAAGGAUGGCCAGCCGACGACCAUGGCGAAUCUGGAGCGCUGCAACUGGAGGCGUGUGCACGUGGACUGCCAGCUAAAGACGCCCUUACGUGCCGAGAUGCCAGUGGGACAGGCGAACGCCUAUGGCCGGGUGCUGUGCGCCACCAUCCUCCUCGGGUGGUCCCUAGCCCUGUGGACCAUCAUUCGUUCGAUGGCCAACACGCGACGCAUCAAUCAGCGCCUCAACGAGCAGCGCCUGCUACAGCAAAAGGUCAAGUAACAGGCGACAAAGUCGGUGCGAUUCCAAGUUAACAAUGGUUAAUCUAACGACACAUUCCGACGAUUACACAGGGCUGUAAAUAUUUAUUAGUAUGCUGUAUGCAUAGACGAUUUACUUAUUGACAUACUCAAAACGACUUAAUCACCCUAGAAACGUGCCACACGUCGUAAAGUCUGUUUUGGCUAUCACACAACUAAGUCAUUAGGCUUCCCUUAGCAUAAGCGUAAACAUAAACCAAUAUCUUUCGUUAGAGCUAGGCAUAUCGAAAUUUCGCUGGCGCAGGCAGCAAGCUAUAAUUACAAUAAUUUAUAACUAGUACAA